AUGGGAAUUGACAAGAGAAAGCGGCAGAAACAGGAACGUGCCAAUAGCACACCACGCCAAGAUGAACUCCAACAGCAGGAUGAUGUCAACAACCCCAAAAACAAUAAUGAACGCAACAAACAAAGCAUCCUCACAAUAGACAAUGCUACAACAACUACUACCACAACACAAGCACAAAAUACGAUCGACGUCAGAACCAGUGAACAGGAAACAAACGAGUACGUAGAUCUCGAAGAUCAAGAAGUAGCACAACCAAAGGAAACUCGAAAACACACAGAACUUCAAACAACAAUGUUUGAAGAGGAAAAGGAAGCAAAUGAAAUCAAUGCCAUAGACAUUCAACAAGAAAAACAAGAGGACAACACAAAACAAGGAGAAGCCGCACAAGAACCUCAAGAGAGCACCAACAAUCAAGACCAUCAAACACAACCAGAGGAUCCCAAUGAACAAGCGCUUCAAACGACAGAGGAGGUCAAUGAGCAAGAGGAGGCCACUGAAGAAGGGAAACAUGUUCCUCAAACAGUAGACAUCAACGUCACUGAAGACCAAGCCCCAAAAUAUUGA